AUGGAUGAACGACAUUGGUGGAUUGCGGAAAAAGUUGAACAAACAUUUUGUAUCGAUAAAACAUUAGAUGCACAAUUUACUGAACAAUAUUUUCGUCGCACCGAUGUGUUAGACAAAAUAAAUAGCUUUUUAUUUGCCAAAGGAUCAAAUAAAUUAUUUUUUUAUACAACAAAAGAUCAUUUAAACGAUAAACAAAUAUCUUGUACACAAACAAUCAUAAAUGAAUAUGACUUUAUUUCUGAACCAUUGGACAAUUUAAUUAUAUUGUUUUUUUUACGAUCCGAUACAAGUAGCGAUGCAACAACAACACAAAUUGGUAAUGAUAUUUAUUGUGGUGAAAUAAAAAAUGCAUCACAAAUAACCAGUUUAUUGUAUUCCCAAACAUUAUUGCCAUUAUUUAAACAACAGUUAAAUAAUAAUAUUGAUCAGGCACAUUCUAUUGUUAAAACAACAAUAAUCAAUAAUAUGGAAAAACAUAUCGAUGCAAUUAAUACUACAUGUCAUUUAUUGCAAAAAGACAAAAAUCUUUUUUUGAAACGUGCAGAUCCUGAAGUAUUGAGUUCACUGAAACAAUCACGUUGGACAGCCGAUAGUCCAAUAAUAAAAUAUUGUGAAAAUCUAGUGCUUACAUGGAUAACAUCAAUCGAAGCUGUUCUUAGCGAUAUUUAUGGCGAUGAUGCAAUUCAUCCGUCUCUUGGUCCUCUAAGUGAAAUUGAUCGAUGGAACCGAAAACAACGUUUAAUUACAAAUUUAUUAGAACAAUUAAAGUCAAAAGAAUGCAAAAGUGUCAUUGGCGCACUAAUCACUUCAAAAUCAAAAGUUAUACGAAAAUGGAAAACAAUCGAUUCAAGCAUUACAGAUGCUCAAAAUGAAUGUCGUGAUAAAACAAAAUUUCUCGAAUCAAUUCGACGUUAUUUAGAAAAUUUACAAGAGGAUGCACAUCCACAACACUGUGCUGUGGCUGUAUUGCCAUCACUGUGUGAUGCUAUGCGCACCGUUGAAUCGGUAUCACGUUAUUAUGCGAGACAAGGAUAUCUGGGAUUAAUAUUUGCUAAAAUUACAAAUCAAUUAGUAAAAAUAUGUAAGAAACAUAUAGAAGAUGGCACAAAACAAUUUGAAAACGACGAUGAAUUAUGGAAAAUAUUAUUUUUCGAAAUAGACAAUGGUCAAAUCGAUGAAAUGAAAGAAAAUUUUCAUCUUGAUAAAAAGGAUGUUAAACGGUUCAAAGAAAUGUCAAAAACGGCUAUUAUGGAAUCGUCUAAACAAUCACGUGAAAGUGUUUAUAAACGCAUUAAAAAUUGUCUGUUACUUCAAGCAUGCUAUAAAGAAACAUUUCGAAAUUUACGUGAUGCAUUGGGUGGCUCUCAAAUGUUGAAUACAACAUUUUCGGCGACAUCAUCAUCCACAUUUAGCGGAACGAACAGCGUUAACGCUCGUAAUGAACAAAGUCAAUUACGUUAUCAUCCACAUAAUGCCGUCGGAAUACUAAUGUCUGAAGAUGAUACAAUAUUCAAAAAUUUGGAUGAUUUUUGUAAAAGACUCGAACAAGCACUUGAUAUGACUGUUACAUUGAAUCAAUUUUCACAACUUAAAGUAUCAACAAUAAGAUUACCAAAACCAAAACGAGAAGAUUUUACAACGGCAGAAACAUUGAUACAACGAAAUAUUAAAACAACAAAAACUGAUCAGCAAAUGAAUGAUGAUGAUAAUGAUCAACAAGAAAAUAUUUCAGAUGAAGGUAUAGACGAAGGUAGUGAUGAAACUGAUAGUUAUACAAUGUCUUAUUUGAAUACAUCGUCUGUAUCAAAAGAAGAUCUUGAAUUAAUGAAAGCUUAUUAUGAUGAAAGUGCUGGAAUGUCGACAAGUCCCACAUUAACAGCAUUUAUUGCUGAUGGUGUUGAUCGAUUAAAAUUAAAUUUAAAUGCUACAACAUCGACACAACAAUUUUUAUCUGUUGAUACAAAAGAUGAUCAAACAAAAUUUGAUACAAUUUAUAAAAAUUUUCAAAUAGUAACAAAAGAAUUAGAAAAUUUAAUAUCAGCCUAUAUAAAUGUUAUAUUUUCAAAACAAAAACGAACACAAGAAGGUUUAUUUAUUUUAUCUAGUUUUGAACCUGUUUGUGAACGUAAUCAUUUACGUUCAAUUAUUCACGAUAGUUAUGUAAAUUUAUUUAUAAAUUUUGAAAAUGAUUUACAAGAUACACGAACAGCUUUUGAAACAUGUAAAGAAAAUCCGCCUAUUCCUCGAAAUGCUCCACCAGUACCAGGUGCUAUUGCUUGGCUUCGUACAUUAUUAAAAAAAAUUGAAGAUUCAAUGAAUGUAUUUAAAGUAAAUAAAUAUAUUAUGAGUUUAGGCAAUUUUCCUCUUGUAUCAAAAUUAUAUAAUCGUACGGCAAAAACACUUUUAGUUUAUGAACAAUUAUUAUUAGAAAAAUGGAAAGAAAAAAUUGAUUUAUGGAAAGAACAUUUAAAUGCAAAUUUAUUAUAUAUUGAUUUAGAUACAAAACAAAUUCAUAUUAAUGCAAAUACACAAUUAUUUUCAAUAUUUGAUGAAGUUAAAUGGUUUCAACGAUUAGAAGUUGACAUACCAAAAGCGGGAUUACUCUGUAUGCAAAAAGAACAAACAUUUAAACACUAUAAAUCAUUAUUAGAAGAUACAUUAUAUCGAUUUAAAGAUUUACAAUCACGAAUAUUUGAACCAUUUUAUAAUUUAUUUUUAAAACAAAUAAAAGAUUAUCAUUUGGCAAUAGAACCGGGUUUACGUACAUUGACAUGGUCAAGUUUAAAUAUUGACGCCUAUAUAGCCAAUGUUCAUCGAGCUCUCGAUCGUUUUGAACAAACAAUAGAUAAUGUUAAUAAACUUAUUGAAGAAAGAAUUGAUUAUGUACUUGAUAAUGAUUUAUUAAAUUGUACACUAUUUAAUAUUGAUUAUAUAAAAUCAAAAAUUUGGUUACCCGGUGAAUUUUUAUCUACAAUGAAAAUACAUAUUCAAAAUGAAGCAACUCUAAUUGGUAAAAAAUUAUAUGAUGUACAACGAACAUUUUCAGAUGUUGAAGAUAUAUUAAAAUUAACAAAUAAAAAUACGUCACGAUCUCGUACACCAAGUACACGUCGAACAACAACAACAACAACAGCAACACCAACAACAUUAACUACACAGUCGACAACAGUUAAUCCAGCUAUACAAGAAUUUAUUAAAUAUUAUAAAAAAAAAAUUACAUUAACAAUACAACGAAUAAUUGAUAAUACUCUAAAAUUAUAUAUUGAAUUGGCUACGGUUAAUGAAACAAAAUAUUUAAUUGAUGAAACAAAAAUGAUACGCUAUUUAUUUGAAGGACAAGAAACGGAAGAUAUGGAAGUAGAUACAAAUAGAAUUCGUGUCAGUUGUACAAUGCAAUAUGCAAUUCCAGAAAUAAUCAUUGAACCAAAUUUAUAUUAUUGUCAAAAAUGUAUUUGUGAUGUGGCCACGAUUAUUAUUGAUAGUGAAAAACUUAUGAGUGAAGUAUCCGGUUUAACUGUUGAGAGUGGAAAACAAUCUCCAGCAACAAAAAUUAAUGAUGAAAAAUUACAAUUAAUGUUUGAACGUUUACAACAUAUUGAAAAUGAUGUAACAACAAUUGCGUCAACAUGUAUUAAACAUAUUCGUACAUUUGAUUUUUUAUGGCAUGAUGAUCUUCAAUUAACAUUUCAAUCAUUAGUUGAAGAAGAAAAAGAUGAUAAUUCAUCAACAAUAAUACCAUUGACAAGUGUUGAACGUCGACAAGUAUUACAAACUGAAUUAGAACGUCUUGUUAAUACUGAACAACUUAUUGACAUUAUUCCUGGACAAAUUCAAAUUGGUUGUGUGUGUAUUCAAACAUUACCAAUUAUUAAUUCAUUACGUACAUUUGCUUUUAGUUGGAAAACACAAUAUUCUAAAUUAUUACAUUCUUAUGCUAAACAAGAAUUAUUACAAGUAAUUGAAUAUCGUCAAGCAGUACAAUUAAGAUUUAAGGAUGAUGUAUCAACAUUGGAACAAUUAAAUGAUGCUCUAACAUUAUUAGAAGAAUUAGCUGAAAUGGAAAAUAAAAUUGAUCAAAUUUAUUUACCAAUUGAAAAUACCUAUUCACUAUUAGAAAAAUAUCGAAUUCGAAUACCAAGACAAGAAUUAGAAGAAUGUAAACAAUUGAGAGAAAAAUGGUCAGAAUUAAUGUUUAAUGCAUCAAGAGUUCGACAACAAUUAUUACAAGAACGUCGUCAACAAUUAGAACAAGAAUUAGAUAAACAAGUAAAAUCAUUUGUUGUUGAAGUUAUAAGAUUUAGAAAUUCUUUUGAUGUUUCUGGACCAUCUGUACCUGGUAUUGAUCCAUUAGAAGCAGCCAAACGUUUAAAAGAAUUUCAAAUUAAUUAUAGUUUUAUGCAUAAACGUAAACAAACAUUAAAUUCAAUAUCAACAUUAUUUAGUUUACAACCAAAACAAUUUCCAGAAUUAGAUAAAACAGGAGAAGUAAGUUAGACAUUGAUAGACAAAGUCUUAAGAGUAUCUUCCUCUUUUUCAACAAAAUUUUUUAUUUUAAGUUGAACAUAGUUUGAUAUAGAUAAAAGUCUAAACUAUAAAAUAACACCACUCCCAAUAUUUCACAACUUUUUCUUUGCAAAAGUUAUGAAUUUUUUAAAUUUUUACUCAAGAAAACUUUGUUUUAUUUUUAGUGUCUUCACAACUUUUUCUUAUAGUAAGUCAGGUAGAGCAAAGUGUUCUCUUAACAAUGACACUACUUUCAAAAUUUCCCAAUGGUUUAGAAUUAGAAAUUAGAAAAUUUAGAAUCUAAGAUAGGAUCUGAAAUAAUUGCGGUAAAAAUUAGGGCUCGACCGAAUCAUUUUUUCGAAGGGUUUUAACGUGACUGGAUGAAAACUGGUGUCUUCAAAAAACACCCAUGGAAUCUUAUGUGAAAAAAUUUGGGGCAAAAAAGCAUCGAUUUUCUUUUUCAAUAUUCUAUUUCUCUGAUAAAAAUUUGGACUAAAUCGGACUUCCUCUUAAAUUAAUCUGACACAGUUGACAAUGUUCCAAAUUCUAACGCGUUCAAGAAGUGGCUUAAGGGCCCCCCCCCCCCCUCAGAAAUUAUCUCCGACACCGUGCAUACGAUCUUGACGAAACUUUCCAUAAAUGUUCGGCACAAUGAGUUACGGGAAUGAAAAGACUUUUUGUGUUCAAGUCUUACG